GGAAAUCAGAAUAUUUCAUACAUAAAAAGGCAAUAGCUACAAUUGCACCCUGACACAAACAAAUACAACUUAUGGUCAUUUUCUGGGGAAUAAGAAUAAGUUUUGAAGAAGCUUCUAAUAAAACCAGGCAUUUUCCCACACCCUUCUCCUUAACCCUUUUUUCUUCUUGUUCUUCUUCAUAUCUGACUAAGUUUCAAAGAAAGAAUAUAAAGAGCUGUUAUACUAUAAUACCAAGAAAGAAUUUCAUAUUGUUAGAUAGAUAAUUUCUUCCUUUACCAAUCUUUCAAAAACAAAAGCAGAAAAACCAUGAUUUCUUUAGUUGAUGUUUAUCAUGUUGUUACAGCCACUGUCCCUCUAUAUGUUGCCAUGAUUUUAGCUUAUGUCUCUGUGAGAUGGUGGAAGCUCUUCACCCCAGAACAAUGUUCUGGGAUUAACAAGUUUGUGGCAAAAUUCUCUAUCCCUUUAUUAUCUUUUCAAAUUCUCUCUGAAAAUAAUCCUUACAAGAUGAACCUCAAGCUUAUUCUCUCAGACUUUCUUCAAAAACUACUUGCUUUUAUAGUAUUAGCAGUGGUGACUAGAUUCAGGUCCAAAGGAGGAUUGAAUUUUAUCAUAACAGGUCUCUCUGUCUCAAUACUCCCUAACACAUUGAUCCUUGGAAUUCCUCUGUUGCAAGCCAUGUAUGGAGAUGAGGCUGCCAAGAUGCUUGCGCAAAUAGUCGCCUUACAAAGCUUGAUUUGGUACAAUUUGUUACUGUUUAUGUAUGAGUUCAACGCUGCAAAGUCAGCUGCUUCUGUCUCACCAUCAUUAGAAGCCACGGAAGAGUUAGAGAACCCUCAGGAAUCACAACAACCCAAGGAAGAAGUAGAGGAAGGAAGAACCACAAGUGCUCCAUUGAAAAUCAAAACAGGAGUUAUUCUCUUAACAGUUGGAAAGAAGCUCAUGGAGAAUCCCAACACUCAUGCUACUGUGAUUGGUCUUGUCUGGGCAUGCAUCAAAUUUAGAUGGAAAGUUGACCUGCCAGCUAUAGCUGGGCAAUCAAUUAAAAUACUGGCUGAUGGAGGACUUGGUAUGGCUAUGUUCAGCUUAGGUCUAUUCAUGGCUUCCCGGCCUAGCAUAAUAGCAUGUGGGACCCGGAUGGCUAUUAUAUCCAUGGGAUUCAAAUUCAUUGGGGGACCUUUCUUAAUGGCUGCUGCUUCCCUUGCCAUUGGACUAAGGAGAACACAACUCAGAGUGGCCAUUGUUCAGGCUGCUCUUCCCCAGGGAAUUGUUCCUUUUGUCUUUGCCAAGGAGUAUAAUGUACACCCUGACAUUUUAAGCACUGGGGUAAUUUUUGGCAUGCUCGUUGCCUUGCCUAUAGCAUUGAUGUACUUCUUCUUGUUAGCACUCUAAAAGUACUAGAGUAACAGUGUAAUAGAACUAGAGCCAGAAAAAAAAAUCUCUGCAAACAAAAUUUAAGAGCCAGAAAAAAAAAUUGUUGCAGAUGAUUGGAACUGGAAGAGUCCUCCUCCUCAUUCAAUUUAUUCAAUUGUUUUGAGAAUGUAACAUGACUUAAUUUGCUGAGAAGAGACGGCCAAAAUUGUAUUAUAAUCACCUUGACAUAGUCAAUACAUCAAUCAAUAGUGAGAUGACUGUUACAAGCAA